AUGACGGUGACCUUGUUGGAACUCAAGCCGGGAUCGGUUGACAUGCAUAUCAUGCAGGCAAGUAUAAAUUACCGAAGAAAAACACGGCUUAAAAUUCGACUGAAUGAAAGGCACGAGUCGCUGAAUCCGCUGCAUGCAGCGGCACAAUGUGGUCAUGCCGCAAUUAUCGAAAAAUUGCUGUCUCGUGGUGCUGGCAUGAUUAACUCAAAAGAUGACAAUGGAAAUUCACCCCUAAAAAUUGCUACCACUUAUGGCAAGAGAGAAGCCGUACAUUUUCUCUUGGAAGCUGGAGCCGAUCUGUCCGUAAACGUGAAAAACCGGUUUAAUACGAGUCUGUUACACGCAGCUGCGAAGGGAGGUGAUGUGGAAAUCAUCAAGACAAUGCUGUCACGUGGUUUAGAUGCAAACUCAAAAGACAGUAACGGUCGAACACCGUUAAUGAUUGCAAAACUCAACGGUAAAACUGAGGCAGUAGCACUCUUACUCAGCAAGGAAGGACGUUAA